UUGUGUGUGUGUUGUCAGCGGCGCGAGAGCUUUCAGCGGCGGUAACCAAGGCUAUAUUAACGGUCACUAAAUACGUUAACGGUCGUUAGGGAUAAGGCAACAGCAACGACCGUGUAAAACUAUUAUUUUUAAAUCUUUUCAAAGCUACAAACUACAUUUUUCUCCCAGAGUGGACCGAGGAACUUUUGUAUUUUGCCUGAGGAGUCCCUGUCAGUGUCACUCGAGCGCCGUUUAGCACAUGAUCCGCAAAGUGUCACACCUUCGUCUCUCCGGCGUGUGAGAGGGACUCGGGGGGAGCUUCUCCCGUUCACCAGAUUUAAGAAACUACGUUUCGGACGUUUUUUUCUUCUUCUUGGUUUGUCGGGGAAGAAGUCCCCUAAGAUUCCAGAGAAUGGUAAAUGAUCGAUGGAAAAUCAUGAACAGUGUUUCAGAGCUCGAAGAUGGACAGCAGCACAAAUCGCAGAGGAUGAGCUGUAGCUACCUCCUGUGCACCAUCCUGCUCUUUGUUGCUGUUUUACUGGCUGUCACAGUAACUGGUACCAUCCUCCUGAUGAACCACUACCAGGCACCCUCUGGCCCUGAUGCCCCGCCUCUCAUCAGCACCAAUCAGGACGAGGGCAACGCACUGGUGACAGUAGAAAGAGGUGACGGUUCACGCAUAAACAUCUUCAUCGACCCCAACUGCCCCGACUACAACAACAACUUCUUGCGUCUGGAAGGGGUGCAGACAUCACUGCUGCACUCGCUUACCGACCACGACACAGAUCUGAAGUCAGUGAAGGGGCAGGACCGGGCGCUGCUAGUCAAACUGGCUGAGGAGGUGGCCAAGCUGUCAGCCCACGCCAGCCAGCUGAAGAUGGAGUUCAAUGCCCUGAGGCAGGGCCAGGGCAGCAUUGGACAGGAGAUCAACACACUCCAGUCGGAACAAGGCAGGCUCAUCCAGCUGUUGUCGGAGAGCCAGAUCAACAUGGUGAAGGUUGUGAACUCAGUGAGCGAUGCACUCAACUCUAUGCAGAAGGAAACCGGCAAUACGAAGGGGCGCCUGAAGGCGGAUCUCCAGAGGGCUCCAGUCCGCAGCAUCCGGCCCAAGGGCUGCGCCAACGGAGAGGGCUCCCGACCGAGAGAUUGCAGUGACAUCUACGCCAGUGGACAGCGGGAAGACGGGAUUUACUCUGUGUUUCCCACACACUACCCUGCAGGCUUCCAGGUCUACUGUGACAUGACCACUGAUGGAGGUGGCUGGACGGUGAUCCAGCGCAGAGAGGACGGCUCCGUAAACUUCUACAGGGACUGGGCUGCUUAUCGAGAGGGCUUCGGCAAGAUCACAGGGGAACACUGGCUCGGUCUGAAGCGGAUCCACACUCUCACCAUUCAAGCUAACUACGAGCUGAGGAUUGACCUGGAGGACUUCGAGAACAGCACUUCCUUCGCGCAGUACGGAUCUUUUGGAGUGGGUUUGUUCUCGGUCGACCCCGACGAGGAUGGCUACCCGUUGAGCGUAACAGACUACUCUGGCACAGCCGGUGACUCACUGCUCAAACACAACGGCAUGAAGUUCACCACAAAGGACAAGGACAACGAUCACUCGGAGAACAACUGUGCCUCCUUCUAUCACGGAGCAUGGUGGUACCGCAACUGCCACACGUCCAACCUGAACGGACAAUACCUGCGCGGCCAGCACACGUCCUACGCCGACGGCAUCGAGUGGUCCUCCUGGACGGGCUGGCAGUACUCGCUCAAAUUCACCGAGAUGAAGAUCAGGCCCACCCGGGAGGAGAAUAAAUGAGGGGACCACAGGAUGGACUAAACAAAGGCAACAAUGCAAAAGAAACGGAGGAGAGCAGGCCUGUAGGUGUUAGAGACACUAACUACAGAAAUGUGUGAGAACUGUGUGAUGAUGUAGUAUGC